UUUUCUUGACAAAUCUGUGAGGAAAAGUAUCCUGAAUAAACUGCGCCUCCUUAGACCACUGCACCGAACCAAACGCAUAACUGGCAUACGUCCUACAAUGAAACAGACCGUGCCAGCAGCUCUGAUAGGCUACUUUGUGGAAGCUAAUCCCAGGUCGGCCCCUAAUCUGCUGCAGACGGCGCUGUAUUCCCAGCGGAUGUGUCCAAAGUGGCUCGUUACGCGCAAUCAGGUGCCCGGUUUCGCUCCUGUGUGCGUGUUUGCGUAAAGACGCAGUGCUUCUGGCCGACCUGCCCGCUUCUGCCCCCGCUGGCUUCCCUCUCCGUGGGCUCCGAGAGACUUCAUUUUUAUUUGUACUAUCUCGGACUGUUCGCCGCUCUGUUGCAGUCGUUUUGGCGCAGAGACUUCGCAGCUUUGCACUCUUGGACGAACAAACGAGUCAGUGAUUCUCACAAAACAAACACCGAACUUUUCUCUCUUUUUUUGGAUUUUGUUUCGGCUUUUUAAAUAUUUUUAAGACAAUACGCUUUUGGUUUGGAUAACUACUUUGGACUACCAUUCCAAGGACACGGAUCCAUCACCCGCAGGGACCAAACAGAAAAACGCCUGUGCCAUGUAGCGGCUCUCCACAGUGGAAAUGUACAGACAAGCCRACACUGCAGCGAAAUGGUUAUUUUUACUUGAAGGGGGAACUACAAAAAUGCUGUGAAGCUCCGUGUCGCAGCUUGUUUCCGGCAAAAACGCAGGUUUAACGCAGCAUCUGCUGGUUUUGGGGGUGAAAAAGAAGAAGAAGAAGAAAAAAAAAACAACAAAUCUUGUCAAGUGCAAGAGAGGAAGCGAUAUGCGGCUCGGGAGGCAGUUUGUUUUGCAGCUCUGUCUCGGAUUUAGUGGAUGAAUCGAAAAGGAGUGGCUGUGAGGCUCUAACCUGGGGGGAAAGGCAAAGCCUCUGGUGGCACAUAAUGGAUAAUUGUCCGCAAGUGCAGAGGAAGAAAUAAUUGAUGAAGUGGAGGACUUCUUCCUCGGCACUAACAGACAGUGCAGCCUACAUUCAAGUGAGGAGGAAGACUUGGGGUUGUUUGUAGCCCUCAGGAGGAAUUCAAGGUGACUUGAUAGACUAAAUAGAGACAAAUGCAACCAGGAAGCUGCAAAUUGAACUCGUAUUCCAUCUUCUUCACGUGAUUCAAUAUGUGUUUGGAUACCUGACCUGACCUCGCAGUGUGAAUUUGCAACUGUUGAGUGUUUGUCCUGAUCUGUGACUGUGAAUGUGUGGCCUGGAGGUUUUUCCAAGGGACCAUAUGGCACAAUACCACACAAUAUAGGUCCCUUUCUAUGAGGUAACAUGGACAAAGUGGUCAUCUGUCUCCUGCUUCUGGGAACUGCACUUACGAUGGUCCAUGCAUGUCCCAAGUACUGUGUCUGCCAGAACCUCUCUGAGUCUCUGGGAACACUGUGCCCCUCCAAAGGCCUGCUCUUUGUGCCACCAGACAUUGACCGUCGAACUGUAGAGCUCAGGCUGGGCGGCAAUUUCAUCCUCAAGGUCACCACUCAGGAUUUUGCCAACAUGACAGGUCUGGUGGAUCUCACUUUGUCCCGAAACACUAUUGGCAGCAUCCAGCCUUUCUCUUUCAUUGAUUUGGAGACGUUGAGAUCCCUGCAUCUUGACAGUAACCGACUGACGGAACUGGGAGCAGAUGACCUCCGAGGACUGAUCAACCUGCAGCACCUGAUUCUCAAUAACAAUCAGCUGAGUCAAAUCUCAGACGCAGCUUUUGAUGACUUGUUUCUGACAUUGGAGGACUUGGAUUUGUCUUAUAACAACUUGCGCAGCGUGCCUUGGGAAGCCAUCCGCAAGAUGGUCAACCUGCAUCAGAUGAGUCUGGACCAUAACCUCAUCUCCUUCAUUGCUGAGGGAACUUUUACAGACCUUGAGAAAUUGGCUCGCUUGGACCUGACCUCCAAUCGUCUCCAGAAGCUCCCCCCGGAUCCUAUCUUUGCACGCUCCCAAAGCAGCAUGAUCAUGAGCACUCCGUAUGCACCUCAACUUUCURUAAGCUUUGGUGGAAAUCCAUUGCACUGCAACUGUGAGGUACUGUGGCUACGAAGACUGGACCGUGAGGACGAUAUGGAAACGUGCGCUUCACCAGCUAGUUUAAAGGGACGUUAUUUUUGGUCUGUCCGGGAGGAGGAGUUUGUCUGCGAGCCCCCUUUAAUCACACAACAUACACACAAACUGCUCGUGCUGGAGGGUCAAACUGCUAGCUUGCGUUGCAAAGCUGUCGGCGAUCCAAUGCCAACUGUGCACUGGGUUGCUCCCGAUGACCGUUUGAUCAGCAACUCCUCACGAGCAACCGUGUAUGAAAAUGGCACAUUGGACAUAGCAAUCACCACAUCCAAGGAUUAUGGCAUCUUUACUUGCAUAGCCGCCAAUGCUGCAGGGGAAUCUACAGCAUCCAUUGACCUUUCAAUCYUUCAACUCCCCCACCUGACAAAUAGUACAAACCGUACCACACAGUCCAAGUCGGGUCUUUCGGACAUCACAAGCUCUACAAAYAUAAGUAAGGGGGAGCCCAAAUCUCUUCCAGAGAAGAUGGUGUCUGUGUCUGAAGUGACUGCAGUCUCUGCUCUGAUUAAGUGGACGGUUAGCAAAUCAACUCCAAAGGUCAAAAUGUUUCAGCUGCAGUACAAUUGUUCUGACGAUGAAGUCCUCGUUUACAGGAUGAUUCCACGGACUCACAGAGCGUUCGCAGUCACUAAUUUGGUCCCAGGAAUGCCGUAUGACCUGUGUGUCUUGGCCAUUUGGGACGACACCGCCACCACGCUUACCGCCACCAACAUUGUUGGCUGCGUCCAGUUCGUCACCACAGAUGAGUACCCGCAGUGCCAGUCGCUUCACAGCGGCUUCCUGGGCGGCACCAUGAUUCUGGUCAUCGGUGGCAUCAUUGUAGCCACGUUGCUGGUGUUCAUCAUCAUCCUCAUGGUCCGCUAUAAGGUCACCAGUGGGAUCCAAACGAGUAAAUUACCUACAGUGAGCAACACAUACUCACAGACCAAUGGGGGAGUGAACAGGUUUAAUGGCGCCCCACCACAGGUCAAGUCCACGGUGGUGGUCAUGCGUGAGGAGAUGGUAGAGUUUAAGUGUGGAUCUCUCCAGAGCAGCCUCUCAUCCUCAUCCUCAUCCUCUAACUCACUAGAAAGCCAAACAGGAAGAGGAGCCGGUGGCCGCUACAGCGUUCAGGACAGUGAAUGCAGCACCCUGCCCAGCAGCAAGUUCAGGAGGCACGGGCACGGAACCAAAGCACGGCAAAAUUUGGACCACCUCUUAGGGGCCUUCACCUCGCUGGAGCUGCGAGGUCCAGCAAAGGACAACCAAGGGGCUUCGAGCUCCUCGGCCGCUCAAAACACCAUCACGACGGUGGCCGUGGCACCGCCGUCUGACAAAGAGCCGCUGCUCGGGAGGGCCGAGUCCACGACGAUGCUUGGUCGUCUUCUAGGUUUUCCCCAGGAGGGAAAGCCUAAGAGGAGCCACUCGUUUGACAUGGGCCACGUCGGGGCAGCACAGUGUCGCAGCAGCCAGCCGCGCAGGAUCAGCAACAUCUGGACUAAGCGCAGUCUGUCUGUUAAUGGUAUGCUUCUGCAGUACGACGACAGCGAGGACGAGAAGCCCUCGUUUGAGAGCUCUGAGUGGGUAAUGGAGAGCACCGUUUGAGUACAGACCAUUUGUAAGGUUUAUGACCAAACAGUAGAUCUGCAUCACAAAACAUCAGAGUAGAAGAAAGUUCCACAGGAAAGCUGUCUUAAGGUACUGCCUGAAGUUCAACCAUGUGAAUACUGUUGAAAAGACACACAAAUAUUUAGGUAAAUGCCCAUGAUCAGAACUGUCUGACACUUUUGCCUAUAUUUGAAAAAUGUUCCAUUGUGAAGUAACUGGAAAAAAAUGCCCACAUGAAAAAACUCCUGAUCUGCAGUCAAAAGGAAAGAUAAGACAUUCAGAGUGGAUUUAUUACUUCUUUAUCAAAGGACCUGAACACCAAGAGGAUUUGCCUCGACUGUGAUAAACUGGAUCACAAUGUUGUGGACUGAAGGUUGAAACUGAACUACUCCAACAGCAGAGAGUUGGAUCUCAUGCGCUAGUACAGUAGAAAAUUAAACUCAUUUUUAUUUACAUCGGGAUUUUUCUAUCAUUUUUAUUAUUUAUUAUUUGAGGUGAUUCAUCAGAAGACAGAGACACAGCUCUGUAAUGAGGUUGUAGUUUUAAAAAAAUGCUUACGCAGGAGUUACCAACUGCCACACAAGUUCAUACAACUUUAACUCAUUUUGUCCCAAAACAACAACAGUAACACACCCCAGAUAAGAGCAUCUCUGAACCACAGCAUUGUAUCUCUACCUCAGGUUAUGUAGAAGAGGUUUAUUGUAUGUGACAGCUUGAACAAAAAGAACAAAUGUCCACGUGCUGAAUCAGUAUUUCGUUGUUCUUUGACGCUCAAAAGGGAAUGCUCAAAAAGAUGGUUUUGUUGAAGUCGGGUUGUGUGAAGUAAUAAUGAGUAGUCAGCAUCUAAACUGCAGUAAAUGGAUGUCAGAGGAAUCUCAGUUCGAAGAGCCUGGGGUAAAGUUUCAUGGAGGAGUCAAACUUUGAUCCACAAGGCUGCAGAAAGUGUUGUAGCAGCCUCAGGUGGACAGCAGAGGACGUGCAAAACUAUGAAUAAAUUGAUAUUAAAAAACAUCCAUAUGUGCUUCAUAUGUUUAUAUUCUUGUGAUAUUUUAAUAGGAAACAAGUGUUUGACAAGUGGUAUCACAUAAAGUAAACAUUUUUUCAACUGUUGCCUGUCAGUUUAUGUAAAACCACUUAUCAAACACUCAUUUCCUAUUAAAAUAAGCUUCAGAUAAAGCUAAAAAUAAGUUUCAUCUGGGUAAUGUAAGAUGCGUAUCAUUCAUAAGUACUCACACAACUCCACUUCAAAAAUAGGAAACAAAAAARGGAACAUUCUCUUUUGAUCUAUUCUGUCUCCAACCAGCUAAAUACAGRAUUUGCCCAGCAAAUAGUCAGUGUAGUAACCAUGUGCUUUAGUACCAAUUAUCACUUUUUUUUUUUUGCUUCAGAGUCCAGGUUCAAGACACAGCACUACAGAAGCCAAACUGUGUUUGAAAUCCAUCAAGCCCUCUUAAUCAUUUUGCCAAAGCAGCCAUCAGCAUGAUGUAUCACUGGGCUGUGAUUCUCUUCAGGCAACACAAACAAGAGAGCAUGAUAAUCACUCAUUUAGCCAGGUUAAAUGGAGGAAUUUGUCAUUUAUUGGCUGGGUAAAGGUCAGUUGUGUUGCUUAUGAGAGGAUGUUCGCGUUGGGAAAUGAAAUUGAAUUCACUGAAUUGCAUGACAGAGAACCUUUUUUGGUUUACACAUUCCUUGACAUGUUUCUUAAGAGAAACAAUGUAUUUGUCAUUUCCAUACAGGGCUGUACAUUGCAGAAGGAUACUUUGAGUUAUCUAUUCUAUAUCUUGAGUCACUAUUCAAAUCACUGCCUCCAAUCAGCUGCAACAACCCUYCAUUUUAAUGCCUUUCUCAGUAUUCUGUGGGACUCUGCUAUAAAAUGUUGAAUGAUCAUCYAGUUUCUUUCUCCUACAGUAGGUGUACUGUUCUGUAUAAUGGCAUAUUUUUUGUACAAUAUCUGGGUGAGAAUGUAAAGGGGUGGGGAUUGUGCAGUAGUACUUUUAUUUUCAUGUCAAGCAAACAGUGAGGAGGUGAUUACUGUGGUGUACCAACAAGGUCUUUGUUAGUUGGCUUACUGAAAUGGGAUUUUACACGGUGCCACGUGUGUGGAGAGAGUGGAUGUUUUUAAAUGGUUUUUUUCACUUCCAUUUAAAAAAAAUGAACAUUUCACGCAAAUCUCAAGUGAUAAAUCUUUAUGGAGCCUGGUUUCRAUUGCCUGCAAAUACUGAAAUACUCCUUUAUUUUUUUCUGUUUCAUUCCAGCAUCCAAUACUUUCAUUUACAAUUAAGCUGCUUUGCAUUUCUAUGAGACUUCACAUGAAAUGACCUGAAAUUUCAGAACCACUUAAAGAACAUCAUAGUUAUUUUUACCACACAGCCAGGUUUAAAUAUGCUUUCUGACACCAACAACACUGAUCAAAUAUCUGAGCCAAAGUAACUGUAAUGACCAUGUGUGUUUUGAGUGUUUUGUGCUAAAGUGUAUAUAACAUUUUUAAACAAUGUCAAAAAGAAUUACUUAAAAAAGUAUUUUUCCAUUUAUAGUUAUAAUACCCUUAUAUACCUCCCAAAAGGAUUCUAUGGCAAAACUGUACGGUAGUCACAUCUAUGAAAAUGCACUAGUGUUGCUGCAAAUGUAAAUAUAUUGAUUUUACUGAGACAUAUUUAUUUUAGAAGAUACUGUAAUGUAAAAGAGGUUAGUGUGUUCUGAAAAUUUCCAGCUGGCAAGUUUUUAUUAUUAUUUUUUUUUUAGUUUUUUAUUAACAGAAAAACAUUUUUCUGUUUAUUUAUCCUCCCAUGUUAACAGAUGUGUUAGAAAAUGAUGACAAGUUGCAUUAUUUUUAGCAGAACUAAGAAAAGCAAAAUGCCUCAAUAUUUAUUCAUUUGUUAAUUUAAGUUUGGGMUUUUUUUGCAUUUAUCUUUGAUUUUUCAUGUUCUCAAAAAAAUUCCCCAUGAAUUUCAAGCAAAACCAUUUUAGCAGGCUAAUAAAAUCAACACCACCAUGCUAAGGCUUCACUGCAGGCACUCGGGUGAAUAGGUGUUUUAUUGAUCUGUGUGAAGCAAUCAUUCAGCCUCUCUGCUCCUGGCACCGUGCAUCAUCCCCCUCAAGUCUGCCAACUAUCAUGAUAAAUUUAAAUGUGUAUUUGACCCAACAUAGACAUGAUGCUCACCUGAAGUUCUAUGACAAAAUCGAGAAAAAAUAUAAAAAGAACAGAUGUUUGUGUGAAAACAUUUUGCUACAAAAGAAUAUAAAAUAUUGAUAAAUUCCUAUGAA